AGGAGAUCUAAAACUUUUAUUGUAGAACAUACAUGAGUGAAAACUGAGACAUUUCUGUAGGCUCUCCAAGCAACGUGUUCAACCAACUGAGCCUAAAAUCAAAUUGUUUCCCCUAUAUCCCGAUUUCGAACGUUAAUUACAAUGUCGUCCAUGGACAAGAUCUUUUCAGAAUACCGUGCACGCCAGGCGCAGCAUGAGAUGAAUCAUGGCGUUUUCUCCAAGGGGAUCGCCUUUGUGGAAGGCGAGUUCGUUGAGCCCAACGAUGCCCGUAUACCCUUGCUUGACGAAGGCUUCAUGCACAGUGACCUCACUUAUGACGUCCCCUCGGUCUGGAACGGUCGCUUCUUCCGCCUCGACGAUCAUAUCCAACGACUUGUUACUAGCUGUGAAAAAAUGCGGCUGAGAUUCCCUCUGUCGACAGAUAGGGUCAAAGAGAUCUUGACCGAGAUGAUGGUCAGGAGCGGCAUUCAAGACGCUUUCGUGGAGCUUAUCGUGACACGGGGCAUGACAAGUGUGCGUGGAGCCAAGGCUGAGGAUCUUCUUGAUUCAAAUCUAUAUCUGCUUGUUCUGCCAUAUGUUUGGGUGAUGGAUCCUGAGAAACAAUACACUGGUGGUAGCGCCAUUAUUGCACGAACAGUGCGGCGGACUCCCCCUGGGGCGAUGGAUCCAACCAUCAAGAAUCUUCAAUGGGGCGACUUGACAAGGGGCCUGUUUGAGGCCAUGGACCGCGGCUCUACGUAUCCCUUCCUGACUGACGGGGAUACCCAUCUUACCGAGGGAUCUGGUUUCAACAUUUUCCUUAUAAAGGACGGUGUUCUCUACAGCCCUAACCGGGGGGUGCUUGAGGGCAUCACGCGUAAGAGCGUUAUUGACGUGGCCAGGAACAACAAGAUUGAAGUUCGUCUUGAGACUAUCCCAGUUGAGCUUGCAUACCAUUGUGAUGAGAUCUUCAUGUGUACGACGGCAGGCGGCAUUAUGCCUAUCACGACUCUUGACGACAAGCCAGUUAACGAUGGCCAGGUUGGGCCAAUCACAAAAGUUAUCUGGGAUGGGUAUUGGGCGAUGCACUAUGAUCCAGCGUAUAGUCUUCCGAUCAAGUAUAACUAGUGUUGGUGUAAAAUGCACAAGUUGUUGAUCUGCGGGCAGUUACAAUGAAUAUUAUAUGAUCAGGGUCGAUCGGGG